AUGUUGCUGCCGUUUCUCCCCUGCUCAAACUGCUUCUCCAACUUCUUCCCCAACCGCGUCCUACGCCGCUGCGCUAUGUUCACGGCUUGGGCAGCAGCUCCAGGGACGGGCUUCUGGAGUCCCAGCGCUUGGCCUUGUUUGUCUGUGAGAUCUACGCACCCAGCGCAUUCGCGCUGCGGGCUUCUCGAGAGAGAUCCCAUGCUUUGGCUCCUGCUUUCUUCAACGGCAGUCUAUGUUUGGGCGAGCAGGAUCGAGGUCCAGACGAGAGCUUCAAGCAAGGAGUCUCUUUGGGAGUUUGAGUUGACCGGCUCCUGGGAUAUAGCCGGAAGCAUCGAAGACGACCGUGUUUCGGUGCGGUCCACACGGCUCAGCGACGACGAGAUGUACCGCAUCUACGACCUGCAGGUGAAGACCAGCAAAGUACCACACUUCACUGACAGCUUGAAGGAGGAGUUGGAAGCCAUUCCGGACCCCUUGGAUCGCACAAGGGAGAGGGCGAUGAUUCUUUCAAACGGCCAAAAGUACCUCGACCUUGGCCUCUCGGGCAAAGGUUGGUUCAAGCACGCCGGCAUCCUGGAGCCCUCGGUGCUCACGGUGGCCACGGAGGGGAAGAGCUUGAGGGAGCUGACCACGAAAGUCCUCCAGAAGGCCAUGUCCUCAGUCAAGAAGAAAGUCGAAGGAAAUUGGACUACGGUUGUCGAGGAUGGCGUGUUUCACAUCGGGGCGCAUUACAAAGGUGAAGGAAAGGGCUGGGGCUGGGGCUGGGGCCCGAUGCCUUGGUUCCCGAAGGGAUUCGGCAAGGGCAAGGGCUGGCGCCGUGGGCCCAGGAUUGAUCCCGCCAUGAAGAUUUGGAUCGGGAACCUCCCGGAAGAUGCCACAUGGAAGGAUCUCCAGACCCUCGGAAACACCGCCGGCACGACGCGCUGGGUGGAGGUCUUCCAAGGAAAAGGCAAGGGAACCGGAAUGAUCGCCUACAAGACAGCCGAAGAGGCGGCAGCAGCCAUGCAGUCUCUUCCUGGCCAGACCAUCAAUGGUCAGCCGAUCCAGGUGGACGCCUGGCAGAAGGCGGAUCCCCCUGCGGAGUCGUGA